UCCAAACCCCAGAGGCACAUCAAGACGAUUUAUUUUUUUUUGUUCAUGAUUUUUUCUUUAUUAGUAUUAGAUUGUACGAACGGUUCGCUUAUUUUUUUGCAGAAUUAUCAGAGAAUUCUAAACGUUAGCUAGUUAGCUAGCUAGCUAGCUUAUUUAACCCGACUAUAUUUUUGUUUUUGUUUGUUUGUUUGUUUGUUUGUUUGUUUUAUCACUGUAUUAUUAAGAAAAACAAACUCAGACAUUGUUUUUUUUUGUCAUGGAAUUGCUUAGUAUAUAUUGUAGUAAAAAAAAAAUGUACGCAAGUGUCUAAAAUAGUGAUUUAAAUGGGUUAACGAAUGGUAACUGCGCAUGCGCGUGGUUGUCUGGCCUGUCACGUUUUCAUUUUCCUGGUAGGAUCUGAUCUGAUCUGAUCUGAUCUGCUGCACAUCCAGGACGCUCCAUGGCUCUGCGCAGGUUGUUGAGGAGGCGCUGGGUCCUGGGGGUCGUGUUCGGCUUCUCCCUUAUUUACUUCCUCACCAGCACACUCAAGCAGGAGGAGCGAAGCAUGCGAGAUCGGACUCUGCUGGAGGCCAGGGAAUCCGAUCACCCCAUCGCCUGGAAAGUCAAGUUCAACCUGGGCAACAGCAGCAGGCAGAUCACCCAGUGCAGGAACUCCAUCCAGGGGAAGAGUCUCCUCACUGACGAACUUGGUUACGUGUGUGAGAGGAAGGACCUGCUAGUGAACGGCUGCUGUAACGUGAACGCACCGCGCUCCGGCCAGUACAUGUGUAAGAGCUGUCUGCCCAAUGGCUGCUGCAGCGUCUACGAAUACUGUGUCUCCUGCUGCCUUCAGCCUGACAAGCAACCUCUACUAGAACGAUUUUUGAACCGAGCCGCUGAAGGAUUUCGGAAUCUCUUCACAGCAGUAGAGGAUCACUUUGAGCUGUGUUUGGCGAAAUGCCGCACCUCGUCACAGAGCGUCCAGCAUGAGAACACGUACAGAAACCCCCAGGCGAAAUACUGUUACGGUGAAAGUCCACCCGAGCUCCAGCCCAUCUGAUGGAUGAAAGUAUUUUCAUAAAAAUGACACUACCUCUCUUCUCCUCCGCUCAAGAGAACUAACCGGUCCGGAAACCGACCGCGUCAGCAUGAAGACAUAAAGCGGCACGGGGGGGGGCGCGACGACAACGAAGGACGAAACAUAAUCGCUUCCAAGGAGCUGCCCUUAACCUCAUCUCUUACCGUCAUCUACAUGAUAUUUUGGGUUGCGUGCCACAGAAAUAGGAGUUCCUAUGGCUCCUAGAUAUACAUUGCUUUAACAGGAAAUGCAUCACCGAACUGAUGUCAGAAGUUGAGGUCAGCCACAGAUGUACGCAAUCUGUCUGGAGUAACACGUGGGUGCAAAUACUAUUGCCUCAGCGGUAGGUAACAAACGACUCGAUUGAGGAGUCCAAGGAUCAGAUUGUUCUGACACGGUGUUCAUGUCAAUCAUGUUCAGUGCUAUGUAUUAAAGCUGAGUGUUAAUUUAAUAAACGGCAUUUUUAUCGA